ACGCAAACACACCACUGCCCGCAGUCGUCCGUGGCUCACGAGUCCAGCGCGCGGCGGCCGCCACCACCACCACCACCAUCACCAGCGACGACGACGAGCGACGAGCGCGAGAGCCAUGGCGCAGGUGAGCAUCGUGACGGCGGCGAGGAGGGCGGACGCGCUGAACCCUGACGCCAGGGAGUUCCUCCCGUGGUGGCGCCUUGGGGGCAGCAGGAAGCAGCUCUCGGUCGACGCGCCAGAGUUCAUCCCCACCAGCUGGGGGAAAGCGGCGGCGGCCGCCGCCGCCCGCGGUGUGGUCAUAGCCCGCCCAAACAACUCCGGCACGGGGAGAGCAGCGAGAAGACCCGCAAGCAAUAGUCGGCAGGAUGCAAACUCACCACGGAAUGCAUUUUUCAAGUCUCACAGGUCUCAAUGGGAUGAAACUGUGAAAAGAACAAUCUUUGUCAAAUAUAUUGAUCACACUGUCACCGAGGAAACGCUGGCUUGUAUGUUUCGGUUAUUUGGGACUGUGGUGGAUUGCCGCAUUUGUGGACACCCUACUUCUGGUGGUCUCAGGUUUGGAUUUGUAGAGCUUCGACACGAAGACGAAGCACUUGCGUCAUUAGAUCUUGAUGGAUCCAUUAUUGGCAUAUCUGCUGUGAGCGUUUCACGCUCAAGGACUGCAAUCUGCCCUAUUAACCCCAAGUUCCUUCCUCAGUCUGAAGCCGAGUGGGAGACGUGCUUGAGGACUAUAUAUUGCACCAGUAUCAGCAAAAUUGUCACAAGUAGUAAUCUGAAAGCUUUUUGUGAGGCGUAUUUUGGCAAGGCACAGCAAUUCGUUACCUCAUUUAUCAAUUCUGCAAAUGCCACGUACCCUUUCUGUGUUUAUCUUCAAGGAUUAUACAAAUGA